CGAUCAGCUGAGCAGCGUCUCUCCCUCAGAAGCAUAUAGACUGAGCUGUGUUCAGUCGGACUCCCUCACUCACUCACACUCUGCUUGGAUAGUUCAGCCGAGUUUGGCUCCGUUUUCACGUGUUAUUUAACAUCGUGUGUAUCGAAGCUGCUCUUGUGGACAAGAUGCUGGAGACGGUCGCUUCGCCAAAAUGAACACAGACUGCACCAAGCCUUCUGUUGCUCCAAAGCCAAGAUUAGUUUGUCACGCCAACUUGAAGCUGCCAUCCCCUCUCAUGUCUACAGCCAGGGGUCCCAAACCCUCUAUUGCUCCGAAACCUAAAGUCACACCAGAGCUUAAUGGCAACCAGGGAGAAUGCAUUAAUGGCGGCUUGCUAACUUCAGAUGGUGAGGUUGAUGAGGAGCAUGAGAUGGAGAAUGGUCUAAACAAAGCGGUUGCUGACAGGUUGCCAGCAGAGAAACAGUUUAACGCCUACAUCCUCAAAUUACCACAAAAAGAUGUACAAAAUGCGGCAGAGGACGGUGAGGCUACAGAGGAGGGAGAGGAAGAAGACAUGAUUCAAAAAAUGGAUGAGGACUGGAGGUUAACUGACAGUGCUCUAACAGAGGAGGUGGACUCCCUGGAAACACUUUGGGUCAGUGAUGCUGGACUCACGGCUGACUCUGAGGAGGCGGUGGAGAUGAUUGACACAGACAUGACGGAGGACAUGGAGGGUUGUGACGCAGGCGAGGCGCUGGCUGACACAGAUGGCCUCUCAGUGGGAGACCUCUCUGUUAAUAGCAUUGAAGAGGAGGCAAGAUGCUAUUCAGCUGAAAAUCAACACAUGAAGGAGAGACAGGAUGGAACAGGUGACUGCACAGCAGAUGAUUUAACUGAGUCUCUCACGGACGAACCGGGUCUCCUCAUCAAUGACAACAUGAAGGACACCGACACACAAGUUCUCCUAACAGAUGGGGAGGAGAGAGAAGAGGAAUCUGCUCCUGAUUGUGGCAUCACAUGUAGCAAACGGAAGUUUAGAUGUGGCCAUGAAAUGAAGGAAAAGCGUGGAAACAUACAGAACAUUUGUUUUUAUGACUUUAUUCCCACAGACCAGAAACAGUUCUGUGAUACAACUCAUACACAUGUUGACGUAGGGGAUGAUCCAACUCAUGAGCCUUAUUACGUCUCUUCAGAGGACAUCAUUAACAGAGAGCUGAUGCCAAGGAAUAACAAAGGUCGUGGACUCCCAGAGAGUCCACUCACAUCACAGAAAAUAUCAGCCAGGAAAUGUGCGGAAACAGCAGAAAAUGGACAAAACGACUGUGUGUCCACUGAUGAUUAUGUGGAGAUUGGUAACAGUCAUGAGUACGGCAGCCACAACAGUAAUGGAACCGAGGCAAAAACAUAUCAGAAAAGUACUGAAGAACCCAGAGCUCAGACAGAGCAAGCCCUGCUGAAUCAUUCGGACUGCCAGUCAAUGUUCAGGCUGAUACCCCCCUUAGUGCCAACAGACACUGACACCUCGCUGACAUCUUCUCUCUCAGAAAGCCAGCUGCUUUCGCCGAGUGACUCUGAUGUCUUUAGAGAUGAGGAAGACCUGGAGGGUCACAUAGUGCCGUUUCUGGAUGACACUACUGACACGGAGCAGGACAUCAGUGAUGAGCAUGUCUAUGAGGAGCCAAGGCAGAGCUCAGAGGAUGACAAUGUUUUCUCUUUUGAUAAGAGGACAACAGAGAUGCGCUCCCGCUCACUGUCACACCGCGUUAAUAAUAAUGUGGCUGAGGUGGGAGUGCAUUUCGUUCAGAGGACCUACAUGAGUGGAUUUGGACAACCUGCGCUGAGCAGCAGCCCCAUGUUAGGCUCAAUGCUGCACAAGAGCUACGCCAAACCCCACUAUUUGUCCCUGUACCCCCGCUCUAUCUCCAUGGAGGGACAGGACACGUCUCUGGGUGUCUACAGCUACAGGGAAGUAUCCUCAAGACAGGGAGGUGCCAUUUGUUCCUCUGGAAGCUUCUCCCGGGACUCACCUCUGUCAUCCAGUGGCAUGUCCACUCCAACAUCAGUAGUGGACAUUCCUCCUCCGUUUAAUCUGGCCUACAUCACAAAGAGGCCCAUCACGAAGAGUUCCCCCUCGCUUUUCAUGGAAGGAGACUCGUCUGAGAAAAACAGGAAAAAAAAAUCCUCCAUUAAGCGUUUCCUGAUGCUUAAAUUUAGGCGGAAAACACAGAGCAAGCCUGUGGUGGAUGUCAACCCGUCCUCCUCAGCAGAGACCAGACACCACACGCCCAGCAGACUGCUGGAUUUCGAUAGACACAGCAUAAGUAGCUCUCCACAGCUCAACUCACGCUCUGCAAGUAAACCUCUUGUUUCACCUGAGCCGGCCUCCACCUUCUUGUUCUACAAGGAUGGCAAAAGAAAAGGGAGCUCUGUGGCCUUUCUCAAUCGUAGCGUCAUCCGGGUGGAGUCCUUUGAGGACCGCUCCCGAGUGCCUUUCACACCUCUUCCCCUGACCAAGCCUCGUUCCAUUUCCUUUCCCAACACAGAUACCUCAGACUACGAGAAUGUUCCUGCCAUCAGCUCGGAUUAUGAGAACCUUCAGGUCCCACAGCGGAGGCCCGUCCGCCAGGCACCAUUCACAGACUUCUUUGACCGUCCAAGUCGGGUGCUGUCCUCUGCCAAUGAGACUGAUGGUUAUGUCGACAUGAGCAGCCUCCCUGGGUUCAAGAGUAAAACUCAGCCACCUGAACAGGAAACAGAAAGUGCCUAUACAGAAGCCUACAAUGUUUGUUUGGUGGCUGCCGCUCCGCAGACUUUUUCAGAGGGUGAUGCCGGGAGAGAGACGGUGGCUGAGGAGGACCAAGGACGCACCUCAGAGGAGGAAGAAGGAGGCAGCAAUUACGAUAGACAGCCUGAUGGCCGAUCCAGAGCCUUUUACAUCGCAAAAGAGCUUGUGGAUACGGAGAGAUUACACGUGAAAGCCCUCAAGCUCCUCCAGGAAGACUUUCGGGAAGCUGUUGGGGCAGCAGUUGGGGACGAAGGGGAUUCUGUGUUGGAUGAAGAGAGGCUUCGAGAGAUUCUCAAUGAACUGCCCGAUGUUUACACCCUGCACCGCAGAAUCCUCAACGAGCUGGAGAAUCGAAUCCGACACUGGGAGGAGAGCCAGAGGAUUGCAGACAUCUUCCUGUCCAGAAAAGCAGAGUUCUUGGUUUUUACCACUUAUAUCGGCCACUACGACCGAAGCAUGAGCCUGCUGGAGGACAGCUGCCGAACUUCACCUGCCUUCGCAGCCAUUGUUCAUCAGUUUGAGCAGCAGAGUCCAGCUGGGGAAAAAGUGUCUCUGAAACAUCAGCUCCUGCAGGUCAUUGUGCGUGUGGCUCAGUACCGCAUGCUCCUCACUGAUUACCUGAACAACCUCUCCCCUGACUCCAAGGAAUAUGAAGACACGCAAGCUGCUGUGGUGGUAGUGUCUGACAUUGCAGAUCAGGCAAACGACAGCUUAAAACAUGGGAAGAACUUGUUGCGUCUGGUCAACAUAGAGUACAGUGUUCGUGGCCUGCGGGACCUGCUGCAGCCUGGCAGGGUCUUUGUGAAGGAAGGCACCCUGAUGAAGGUCAGCAGGAAGAGUCGCCAGCCCCGCCAUCUGUUUUUGAUGAAUGACGUGCUGCUGUACACCUACCCUCAACAGGAUGGGAAAUACAGACUGAAGAAUACUCUGCCACUCACUGGGUUGAAGGUCAGUAAACCCAUCAUAGAAAAUGUCCAAAAUGCACUGAGGAUCGAUGGAACGGACAUCUCCAUCACUUUGUCUGCAAGUUCCUUUAUUGAAAGGGAGGACUGGUUUUACUCUCUGAGCCGGACUGUGACUGAAAAUGCCAGGGGAUCUGGAGCAUUCAACAGCUGCUCAGGAGAGGCCAGAGAUCAUCUGCGGCUGUCUCUAGGAGAGAAGGCCCCUACACUUGUUCCAGUGUCGCAAGUGAUGAUGUGCAUGAACUGCACCUCAGAUUUCAGCCUCACUCUUCGUAGACACCACUGCCAUGGCUGCGGAAGAAUUGUUUGUCGGAGCUGUUCGAGGAACAGAUAUCCACUGAAAUACAUGAAAGACCGCAUGGCCAAAGUGUGCGAUCACUGUUACAACGAGCUAAAGAAGAGAGGGGGAGAUGCGUCUGCACAGUCAGGUAAGAGUAGCCCUCGUCCAAACCGCUCCAGUCGUCCUCUUUCUGCCAUGUUCCAAAACAUUCAUCCUCCCAGCAUCUGGAGACAUCGGAAAGGCACUGCCUCCUUCACCCAGGUAACAUUGUCAGAGGAAGGAUCCAUUAGUGGCAGUCUACAGCGCAGCAAGAAGAGCAAGAGGAGCUGGAAGAGACUGUGGUUCCUUCUAAAAGACAAGGUGCUUUACACCUACCGAGCCCAAGAGGAGAAAGUAGCGUCAGAGAGUUUACCUCUGCUGGGUUUCACAGUGAAGCUACCUGACAAGCAGGAGGGAGAAGAGGAGGCCAACAUCUUCCAGCUUUACCACAAAAACACUUUGUAUUACACCUUUAAAGCUUCGGACAACUACACAGCUCAGAGGUGGGUAAAUGCCAUGGAGGAAGCUACAGUUUUAUAGGAUCAGCUACUCUGGAUGAGUUGCCGAAAAUAGAAGUCCGCUGCCUUUCUUCUGCUACAAACAGACCAAUAGGGGAAGAUGGGGAAUAAAAAACAUUUGAUUAUGCCUGCAAGUUGUAACUUUCCUGGCUGGACCGAAUAAAAGAAGACACUGUGUUCUUGGAGAGGGGACACGAUUACCUACUUUGUCAACCUCUGGUGUCCUCUGCCUGCUGUUACAGCAGGUGUGAUGCUGAGAGCCACGAGAGCUCCAAAGAGAACAUUAUAUUGACGUGACCUAUAUUUCUCACAGCAGCUGAUCAGAGACAUUCCUCCAAAUCAUGGGGAAAUUGUAGAUGUGUUUUGGAAAAGAAUGAUCCAACAUAUCAAAUAUAUCAAAACAACGUAAAUCAUUUCAAUAGCUGAUCAAACAAACAGUCAUUUAAAUCUGUGAAGAUUCUCAGUCAUCCAGGUCAUAGUUAUCCAAAGAAAGUUUAAAUGACCAUCUAAAGAAGGUUAAAGUCAAGGGCAACUGGACU